CAAUUUUUAUUUCCACCAAUUGGAUGAUUGAAUUUGAUUUAAUAAACAAUAGCUGUGAUUAUAUCAUCGAAGAAACUCUCGUACAAAUAUGUACUAAUUAUAAAAAGAAUGUAUUUUUUGGAAAUUUAUGUUCUCAACUCUGCGAUAACGACUCUGAUAAUCAAAUUAAAUUUAUCGGUUGCCCUUGUUCAGCCAGUCAUAUUGGAAAAGAUGUUGUCAUAUUUGCCAAAAAAUUACCGAAUAUAUCACUUGUUAUCAAAUCAAAAGUUCUUGUUGAGGAAAAAUUGACUGAAAUUUCUUCGGUAGAAUUAUCUGAUUAUUAUCGAGGAAUCCAGCAAGAUAUAAUCGGCCUUUCAAAUGUUUCGUUAGAACAGGAUUUAUUGCCUGUCGACCUGCUAAAUGAUACUGACAAGAUCACAAAUCAUUUUCUGUUAAUCAAACAACAUGAAUAUGUUUUGAGUAAAUUAUUUGAAAAUGAUCUUCUUUAUCCAAAAGUCCUUUACACUUGUGGUCAUUUUUAUGCUACACCUAAAUUGACCAAUAUAAUCCAUUGGACUUAUCUUGUUUCAUUUCCAUUUCAAACUUCACGGGACAAAAUAAUUGCAGCAAUUGAUUUGUUGAAAUUUCUGAAACGAUUUAUCAAUACAAAAGUACCAAUGGAAUUGUGUGAUGUAAAAUAUUAUCAUUUUGGUUAUUACGAAAAUCAAACCAUGUUGUUACUCGAUUCCGAUCUUAUUCAAAGUAGGCAUACAUUGAAAAAUACAAUCGAACACGUGAUCGAUUGUGAUAUGGAUGAUGAUUGUCAUUUUAUUGAUUGUCAUGGCAAGUGCCAUCAAGGCUCUUGUAGAUUGGACAUGACCGAUAAUAAUCUAAAACGAAUUUGUCGAAAUAUUUUAUUCAUGGGUAAAUUGUAUUCAUUAUUAAACAUGGGUUUAUUGACAAUGCCUUGGUCAUCGUCAUCGAAACAUGUUGAAAUUUCCAUGCAACGAUUGUAUCAAUUAUGUUUUGAUGCUGAUCAUCAGAAUUUAGAUAAUAUAAUAACAGAAAUGGAAAAAAUUCUAUUAGAUUUACUCAUGUAUGAAUGAAAAUCUGAUGAGUCAUCAAUGAGAAAAUGUUGUUGAAUAAUUUAUCAAGAUAAUACUUCCCGGAUUAAUGACACGAAGAUUUAAAUGAUGUUCAUGAGGAUGAUUUGAAAAAUUAUAGUUCAAUUUUCCUAUAAA